CACGUAGCCUAGUAGGAUGUGUUCAUUGAAGAUGGCGGCGAUGUGUCAGCCUCACUGUUCUGAACAUUUCCACGCCUGAAUACAAACGUUUCAGUGCCGUCCAUACAGAGUGGCUUGGUCUCGGGACCUUUCAUACCUACAGCCAUGCAACCCCCACCUCGGACAGGCCUCCCUGGGGCCUCUGCCCCCCCUCCCCCAGGGCCCGGCCCCAACGCCUUUAGGAGAAACCGGCCCCACAAGCAUACAGCAGGAGCCGCAGCAGCAGCCGCCAUGAUGGGCCCCCCACCCGCUGCUCAGCCAAUGACAGACCCCUUUGCUUUCGGCAGACAAGCCCCUCCACCAAUGGCUGUGGGAGGCCACCCCGUGCCUCCCAAUAGCAAUCACCCACCUAUGCAAGCUCCUCCCCCCGGUAUGUUCUCCCAGGCUGGUGCAGGGCCAGGGAUGCCAUCUCAACCUCUGGAGGGGGGGGCCCAGGCCCUGCCUCCGCCCUCUUCCACCCCAGGUGUUAGUCUCUUCACUCCCCACAGUACUAUGUCCCCUGUCCCUUUCCCAGGACAGCUCCCAUACCAUCCACCUCCCGGGCCGGAGCAGGGCUAUUUCAAUUCUAGGGAUCCAACACCUUCUGUGACCCCCGGACCUCCUCCCUUAGCCCCGGCCCCCCUGCCUGGCCAGGCACCCUACAUCCAGGGCUACCAAGGCCACCCUUCCCCUCAACCAAUGCCCUUCCAGCCUUUGCCUCCCUCCUCAAACCAAUGGGUUGCUGACCAGGUAAACCGCCCCCCUUCCGUUCAGAACUAUUUCCAGCCCACUAGUGACCCUCAGCCGUUCAGUAACCCUCCCCAGACUCAGAUGCCCCCACACACACACUCGCCCACCCACGCUCCUCCUACACCCCCUCACCCCCAGUCCUACCCCCAAGCUCAGCCUCCUCCGCAGCACCCAGACAGGCCCUCCAGCUCCCAGUGGCCUGACCCAGCCGAGCCUGCUAACCCUCUCCAGCAACACAACUCCCAUUUUCAGGCUCAGAGCUACUUCAGCCAGAACUCCGGCCCCCAGGACUUCUGGUUCAACCAGCCCCCUCCGGAGUCAGCCUAUCACCAGAUGGGUGCUGGAGCUGGUUCUGGUCUUGGCUUAACCAGGCCCGACUCGGCCGGAUCCCACCAUGGAGCCACCCCCGGCCCGGCCCUCUACACCCAGGACUCUGGCACCAUCUCCAUGUUCUUCAAAGGCAAUGACGUGGAGAAUGAGGAGACCCUGGCUGGAGAAGGACAGGCUGUGAACGGCAUUCAGGGUCAUCCCGGAGGUCACCAACAGCAACAGCACCCACCCCCUCACCCAGCUCCAGAGGUCCCUCUGGGCUACCGUGGACCUCCCCCGCAUGUCGACCCCUCAGUGCCCUACAUGGACGGCAACUACGCGGCACCGAUGAAUCCCCAAACCCACCAGCCCACGGAGCACCAGUUUGACCAUGUGGAGAACCUGGAAUGUGUCCCCAACCAGGAGGUCCUGCCCAGUGAGCCCCUGGGCAUCCCAGCCUCGCAGGGAGGAGACCGCCCUAACCUGGAGACCCCUGACUCUGUAGCCCGGCCCAUGAGGUCCGCCAGUGUGUCUUCCAGCUACAGCAACGUCAGCCACGGGAGUGGAACCGGCCCUGGUCCACGCCGACACCAAGGGGUGGUGGGCACCUUUAUCCAACAGGAAAGCCCUCGGCCCUCUGACGAUGCCCUUUCGUCUGCAGCCGCUGGCGGGUACUUUGAGCAGAUCGAUACCUCACCCGCUGGAGACUUGGCUGGGUCUCACCACCAGAGCCCCCAGGAGAGGAUGUAUCACAGCCAGACUCCCACCCCCAGCCCACCCAAGCCCACGGGCAUCUUCCAGGCCAGUGCUAACAGCUCCUUUGAGCCUGUGAGGUCCCACAGCGUUGGGGUGCGGCCCGCUGAGGUAGACCGGGCGAGGAUGGUGGCGGAGAGGGGGACGGAUGCAGUACCUGGCAAUCUGGAACAGCCGCCCGACAACCUGGAGAAUGUUUACGGAGCUGGAGCAGUGCUUGGUCCUGGCCCUGGUGCUGGACUUCCCCUUCUCACCCACCCCCUGGGUCUCCCCCACUCGCGGCCCUCGUCCCGGGCCCACGUGGCCCAGCGGCCCUGUGAGAGCCCAGCCACCACUCUCUGGGCCCAGCAAGACCCCGCCAGCCUGGGGGCCAACAUCCUCCUCGCCCCAGCUGCUCCACCAGUGCUCGCCCCACUCAGGGAGCCCAGCUCUGAGGUCAUUCAGCCCCCGGAGGAUGUCCCCCUGGACCUUCAGCCCCCACAGCGCGCCUCUGAGAACAUGGAGAAUCCCCCCAAGGUGAGUGAGGGGCUGUCGCCGGAGCCCCCGGCCCACAUGGGCUACGCCUCCCUCUUGGUGGCAGACUCACUCCACCAGCCCAUUCUGAUCGCCCCGCCGGCAUCCAAUUACAGUGUCAUUGCACCUCAAGCAACCAAUCUGAGCAGCCCCAGGGAGACCACGCCUCCUGUGAGACCGCCCUCGCAGCCACCCAUGGCCAAUCCCCUGCCACUUGGUCCCCUUCCCUUGACGUCCAAUCCUAACCCGCUUUUUGCUCUUCCACAAAUGAGCUUCAGUUCAUCCCCUAUAGGACAAAACCCCCUCAAUCUGGCUAAAGACAGCAGGGACGGGGUUAAACAAGAGAACACCCCCCCAUUGCCUCAAUACCGCCCCCCUCUCUCCAGGGGCCAAUCAGUGAGUGGGGACAGCCACGCUUCUCUUCCUGUUAAUUCACAUGCUCCUCCUUCUGCCACAACCGUUGCCGCCUCCACCAAUCAUAAUCAACCAUCAAAUUUUGAGCUGCUUGAUUUCUCUAUGCACCAAUCGCAGAUCCCGAACCAAGGCCCGCCUCCCACAGGCCCGCCUCCCACCUCCCAGGGCCCGCUCUUGGCCAGUAACGCCCCAGGGUUUUACCUGCAGGUGACCAAAGAUGCCCAGCAGGGGGCGCGAAGUGAGCGGAGUGCCCCUCUAGCACUUGCCCCCGAACCCGUUCCCUCCCCAGCGGCCCCAAGCGUCCAGCAGCCGGUCCAGGAGCCACCUAAGGUCCCUGAACCCCAGCCAGGUCCCCAGGGCCAGGGAGAAGCUGCUUUAGCCCUGACCCCUGGAGCUCCAUCCCCCCUUCAGAGGCAGCACCCACCCCCAGCACAGGGGCCUCCUGCGGGGAGCGAACCUCCAACCACUGCUGCUUACCCGCCUGGACCUCCGGGACAGGUGCCACCAGUCAUCCCCCAGCAACAACCAGGGCCUCCACAGCCAGGCACCCAGCCAGCACCCACUGAUCCCCCUCGUCCGCCAUCCUCCCUGGGGAGCCAGCAGGGCUACGGCCCCCUGCCUCCAGUCCCCGGGCAGGUGUAUGGAGGGUACUAUGGGGGGACCUAUCCAGAGUAUCCAGACGGUAGAGCCCCCUAUCCCCCAGGGCAGUACCCACCCCCACCUGUGGACCCCAGAGCACAGCAGUAUUACCCGGACGACCCUUACAGGCGAGCGGACCCUCGGUACCCCAGGUAUGAGGGACCCAACCCAGCCUACCGAGACCCAGGGUACCAGUACCGUGAGCCCCAGGUGGAGCGGCCCAGCUCCAGGACCAGCCAGUACUCAGACAGACCCUCCUCCCGACAAGGUUACCCUGAGGACUAUCAGAGAGCAAACCGAAGUGCCUACGAUGAUUACUAUGCAGAGUACUACAAGAAACAGUACGAGUAUGGAGAUCGCAGCAGGUGGGAGGGCUACAACGCCGCUGGAGCGUACGACCCCCGCUACCAUGGUUACUACGACCAGUCGUACUGGUACAACUACGACCCAGAGGCCUACAGGGCCAGAGACCCCUACUACCAACAGACUCAGACUCAGCCGUCGCCGCAGCAACAACUGCAGCCGCAGCCGCCGCCGCAGCCGUCGUACCCUGCCAGGAGAGAGGGCUACGACGACCCGUGGCGCUACUACCCCGGGUAUGACUCCAGCUUCGACGACGACUACCGCCGCCAGCGGGACGCCUACGGCGAGGAGUUGGACCGGCGCAGUUUGCACAGCGAGCAGUCGGCCCACAGCAUCCACAGCUCUCACAGCCACCACAGCCGACGCAGCAGCUUCAGCUCCCGAUCCCAACAGAGCCAGGUGUACCGUAGCCAGCCAGACCUGGUGGCUGCAGCCUACGACGCCACCUCCUCCACCCUGGCUGCGGACUACUCCUACGCCCAGUACCCGGACCAGGCCGACGCCACCCUGAAUUACGGGCAGUACCCCUACACGGGCGACUACGCGGCAGACGGCACCUGGACCGCCGCGGAGCAGCCUCCCCCUCGCCCCGUGACUCCAGAGAAGUACUCCGUGCCCCAUCGCUGCGCCCGCUUCGGCCCCGGGGGUCAGCUGAUCCAGGUCCUGCCCAACCUCCCCUCCGCCGGCCAACCAGCACUGGUGGAGAUCCACAACAUGGAGACCAUGCUGCAGGACACCCCAGACCAGGCUGAGCUGCGCACCUUCCCUGGUCCUCUGGUCAGGGAGGAGACCCACAAGGUGGACGUCAUCAAGUUCGCCCACAACAAGGCGAUGGAGUGUUCCCGUAGCAACGACCUGGUGGACAAGGACUCGGCCUGCCUGCUGUGGGACUUCAUAGUGCUGCUAUGCCGGCAGAACGGGACCGUGGUGGGCACAGACAUCGCUGACCUGCUGCUGAAGGAGCACCGCUCCGUGUGGUUGCCGGGGAAGUCUCCCAACGAGGCCAACCUGAUCGACUUCAACAACGAGCCGCUGGCGCGUGCCGAGGAGGAGCCGGGGGCGGGGCCUCUGUCACUGCUGUCGGACACCUUCAUGACCGUCCCGGAGAACAUCGGCAAGGAGACGGAGCGCUUCAGGGAGCUGCUGCUGUUCGGACGCAAGAAGGAUGCCCUGGAGGCAGCCAUGAAGGUGGGCCUGUGGGGCCACGCCCUGCUGUUAGCCAGUAAGAUGGACAACAGGACCCACGCCCGCGUCAUGACCAGGUUUGCCAACAGCCUGCCGAUCAACGACCCUCUCCAGACCGUCUACCAGCUCAUGUCUGGCAGGAUGCCCGCCUCUGCCACGUGUUGUGGGGAUGAGAAGUGGGGUGACUGGCGCCCUCACCUGGCCAUGGUGCUGUCUAACCUCACGCACACCCUGGACCUGGACACACGCACCAUCACCACCAUGGGAGACACUCUGGCCUCCAAGGGUCUGUUCGAUGCGGCUCACUUCUGCUACCUGAUGGCCCAGGUGGGGCUGGGCGUGUUCACCAAGAAGAGCACCAAGAUGGUGCUGGUGGGAUCCAACCACAGCCUGUCCUUCUACCAGUUUGCCACCAACGAGGCCAUCCAGAGGACGGAGGCCUACGAGUAUGCCCAGUCUCUGGGCUCCCAGCCUGUCUCUCUGCCCAACUUCCAGGUGUUCAAGCUGGUGUAUGCGUGUCGGCUGGCGGAGGCCGGGCUGUGUGCUCAGGCCUUCCACUAUUGUGAGGUCAUCUCCCGGAGUGUGCUCAUGCAGCCCUCCUACCACUCCCCAGUGUUCAUCAGCCAGCUCAUACAGAUGUCUGAGAGGCUGCGGUUCUUUGACCCCCAGCUGAAGGAGAGACCUGAGCAGGAGCUCUUCAACGAGCCAGACUGGCUCAUUCACCUCCGACAGCUGGAUGGACAGAUCAGGACGGGGGUGAUAGCCUACAACGCAGACAGGGCCACUCCUCAGCCGUAUGACUGCAGCACCCCCAGCUCUGAGUUGGACCAGGCCAGCCCUUCAGAGCCGUAUGCCCCACCCCUAGAGAUGGAUGGCCCCACCCCGAACAACCCUCUGAUGUCAUCGCUGCUACCCGGGCCGCCUUCCCAAGGUGUGCAGCUGAUGCCUCCAGCUCCCCCUAACAUCCUCCAGGAUGGCAUGAUCUCCCAGCCCCAGUCCUCCAGCGAGGGGAUCCAGCUGUACCCGGCUGCCCCCUCCCUCCCCGGCCCAACGGGUCCCAUCCCCAUCCCCGGCUACCCUCCACAAGCUCACAGCUUUGCGGCCCCCUACCCGCACCAACCGUCCCCCCAGCAGCACCUGCCCCCCCAGCAGCACCUGCCCCCCCAGCAACACCUGCCCCCCCAGCAGCACCUGCCCCCCCAGCAACACCUGCCCCCCCAGCAGCACCUGCCCCCCCAGCAGCACCUGCCCCCCGACCAACCAGAGAUGUACCCGGGACAGCAGAUGGGACCCCCCCAGAUGGGUCAGCCCCCGCCCACCCAGAUGCAGCACCCCCCUCCGCAGCAGCAGCCUCAGAUCCCCCCCCAGCACAUGCCCCCGCCUCACAUGUACCCCGGAGAGCCGCCCAUGCCCCCCCCCCAGGACCUGCAGCAGCCCUGCCCCGUGCCGGCCUCCCCCGUCAGGAACAACUUCACCCCUCAGAUGGACUUCUACGACCAGAUGGCUCACAUGGGGAGGAGGUCCAGGGCGACUUCACAGUCCUCAAUGCACAUGGGCCCCCCAGGGCGGCGUUCUCGCACCGUCUCCGAGUCCUCCACUCACUCGGGGGGCCGAGAGAGGAGCAACUCAGCCGUCAAGCAGUCGCCCCCCCCCCCUCCCUCCAUCCCGGAGCAGCCCCGCAAGGUGGAACCCAAGAAGCCCAAGAAGGACUCGCCCAAAAAGGGAGGAGGUGGUGGUGGAGGGGGUGGCUGGCUCAACUGGCUCUAUAGGAAAGGGAAGAAUGAGGCCCACCUGCCGGAUGACAAGAACAAGUCUAUCGUUUGGGACGAGGACAAGCAGAAGUGGGUGAACAUGGAGGAGCCUGAGGAGGAGAGCAAGCCCCCACCUCCCCCUCCGUCUGGCUUCCCCAAGAUGGCGCCCAUGGCCGGGCCUCCUGGGGGACCCGGGGCGCCCCCCGGUGGAGGUCCACCUGUCAACAUGUUCUCCAGGAGAGCAGGCACUAAGAGCCGCUACGUGGACGUGAUGAACCCUGGAGGCAGAUCCGGCCCCAAGCCGGGAGGCUCCAUUCAUGCCCCGGCCGACCUCUUUGCCCCCCUGGCGCCCAUGCCCAUGCCAGCCAACCUGUUUGUGCCUGGAGCAGCUUCAGAAGAGCAGCAGCCGAUGGAGGGCAGUGUCCCAGAGAUGGGGGCGAGUCAGGAGCAGGGAGCUCCCAACCCCAGUGCUGUCCCUCAGAUGUUCAACCCCACGCUGUUGCCCCCGGGUCCAGAGGGGCCGCCCAUGCUUGAAGGAACACGGUCAGGGGAGCUCUCACGCUCUAGCUCAAUGAGUUCUUUAUCACGAGAAGUGAGUCAGCAUUUAAACCAGGCACCCCCUGCCCAAGGAGCUCCUCCCUCUGGAGGCGUGACCUUCUAUAACCCCGCCCAGUUUGCACAGGCCAGCGCGCCGUCGGGCCCAGGGAGGCAGAGGUUGGGUCGGCUGGGAGGUCAGAGAGAGUACCCAACACUCAAGUAGUCCUCCCAUCCCAACCGACACAGCAGCUCUGGAACAGACUUAACAGGUUGUCGCGGCAACCCCAGGAACGGCCGACGCCCACUGCCCUCACUGAAGGAAUGACCUCGCCCCUCGUCCAGCCCCCACGACAACCUUCGUGACGACCCUCAUCCAACCACUCGUUCAUCUCGUCUCUCAGCCUCUGGUUUUAGUCGGAGUUGAGACAUUUCUUUUCUAGAUUGAUUUAUUCUGCAGGCAACCUUUGUUCAUGAAGGGCUUCUUUUUCCUCCUGAAUCCAGACUAACUUGUGUCACACAGAAGACAGGCUUACACAUGUACGCCUACAUCAUGAAAUCCCUCGUGGACGAGACGACGGGGUGCUCCGUGCUAGACAGAAGUGGCGGUCGUACAGAGAUGGUACGAUGAGCUCUGACACAGGCCCCGCCCCCUAACAGAGGCCCCGCCCCCUAACACACACCUCCCAUCUCUAAACACUGGAGCUGACAGACCUCACCUGUUGGUUUGGUUUCAUCAUCCCCACAGUGUGCUUCAGGUCCAUCUGGUGAGCUGAGCAUUUGGGAAGAGGAAGAGAAUACGGGCACAUCUUCAUAGUGUGUGUGUGUGUGUAGAAUGUGUGUGGCUACUUGGUGGUUCUCGAGAGACUGGAGUGGCUUGUGUUGUGAGUGUGUUGUGUGUGUGUGUUGUGUGUGUGUUGUGUGUGCUGGGUUCUCCUCCUCAGUCCCCUCAUCAUAACAGUAGUGCUCCAGAGGGCUGGCUUGGGGCACAGUCGGUUCUGCACCCAGACACCAGGGGGCACUGGCAGGCCUCAGCCCUUCCUGGAACAGUAGACAAUUUGGCGUGAAAGUUUUGUUUUUGGAUAUUUAUUGAAUGUUUCCUGCCCAUGUGUCAGCACCAUGCCAGUCAUGCCUCUAAGCCAGGCUCUGUUUCUCCACCAUCUGUCACUGUCCCCAUUGAGAGCGCCAGGAACUGAGGAGUGACCUUCACGACCGCAGGAUUCAGGACUGAGGCAACCAUUUUUAAAUGUGAUUCACAAUAAAUCUAUCCAAAUAUUUGUAUAUCUGAUUGAUUGUAUUUAUAAGCUGUAGUCAAUUUAACAUGUGUGGAGAGCAACAAAUUUUCUUCCUGAUUUAGCUUUGAAGUACAGAUAAGACUCAUGAUAGAUAAUAUACCUGAAUUCACUUUCUGAUCAUUUGUACCGACGGCUUCUGCAUUUGGAAAUUGCCAGUUAUGAGAUGUGAAAUGAAAACGAAUUGAACUGAAACUGCCAUCUCACUUUAAUUUUCAAUGGCCGACUGUUGUUUUUUUGUUUUUUGUUUUUCUUCAUUAUUUGGUGUUACCUAGAAUCCCUGCUCCUCAUCAGUUAUGUUUCUGUUUAGAGACCACCAGAUUGAUUUCCAAAGGUCCCCUAAUGUUUGGAGAAAAAUAGUGAUUCAUCCUCUUGUGUUUAGAAUGCACCCUUGUAAAAUUAUUGACAAAAAAACAUGGUAAUAAAGAUAUUUUUGCGCUCUUUAGCACUUUGAAA